ACUACUCCCUGCAACAAGAGUCCCCAUACAAACCCUCGAAUUCAGUAGCCAGAAAGAAUGGAGUGGAGAGAAUGCUAUCUGGAUAUCAUUCUAGUGCCUCUAGGGAUGCUCAUGUCCAUAGCUUACCACUGCUGGUUGUGGUAUAAGGUCCGAUCUCAACCUCUCUCAACCAUCAUCGGAACUAAUUCCACAGCGCGACGCUUCUGGGUCUCGGCCAUUAUGAAGGAUAAUGACAAGAAGAACAUACUGGCUGUCCAAUCGUUACGAAACGUGAUCAUGGGAUCGACACUCAUGGCCACCACCUCAGUUCUCUUGUGUACCGGUCUGGCUGCCAUCCUCAGCAGCACUUACAGCGUCAAGAGGCCACUUAACGAUUCGGUGUUUGGUGCUCACGGUGAAUUCAUGGUGGCACUUAAGUACGUUACCAUGCUCUGCAUUUUCCUCUUCUCUUUCUUCUGCCACUCCCUCUCCAUCCGCUUCGUAAACCAAGCCAAUCUCCUCAUCAACACUCCGCCCGAUCCCCUCUUCAUCAUCACCCCAGAGUAUGUCAGUGAGCUCCUAGAAAAGGGAUUCCUCCUCAACGCAGUGGGCAACCGGCUUUUCUACUCAGCUCUGCCUCUUCUCCUCUGGGUUUUUGGACCGUUGUUGGUCUUCCUCUGCUUUGCCACCAUGGUGCCGGUGCUGUACAAUCUAGAUUUUUUAUUUAGUGGUGCAACCAUUAAAAAUUGUGCAAAUGAAAGCAAUGGCUUUGUAUCGAGCGUAUGACUUGUCGCAUUCAUGCAAAGCAGCGUCAUUUAGCACUAUGUCUAUAUAUAAGACGACUUUCUUUCUUUAAUAUUAAUAAUUGAAGUAAUGCCAU